AUGGGGGGUGAUCCCAAACCUGGAUUAGGGGGGGUUUUUGUCAUGAAGGGCUAUCAAGAAGAAGAGGAGUCCAUACAGAGCUCUGUAGUCACCAAAGUGAAGGGAAUUGUACUAAUCAAUUCCAGCGACACAGGACAGAGUUUGUGGGGACCGGAGGACUAUGUGAUUCCACCUCAUGGUCAAGCAAAUUUUUUCAUCACAACCACUGUCACAGAAAUACCCAAUCAGACAUUAGACAACUGUGCAGAAAGCGAUACGGUUCCAGAUGGCCGCUGUAGUGACAAUAAUGGCUGCCCACGUGGAGAGCCAGUUAGAGGUGGUCAUGGAAUAAAGACUGGUCGGUGCUUGAAAAAGGACAGAAAUGACGAAGGGACAUGUGAAAUACGUGGCUGGUGUCCAGGCGAAGAGAGUCAGAAAUCCAAUGUGCUAGAGAAAGCUGAAAACGUUACCAUCUAUAUCAAGAACUUCAUCAGAUUUCCAAGAUUCAGCUUCUCAAAAUCAAACGUCCGUGAGACACAAGACAAGAAUUAUUUACCGACGUGCAACUACGAUGAGUCGGUCCAUCCUUACUGUCCCAUCUUCCGUCUGGGGGAUAUUAUUAACAAAACUGGACACAGGUUUCAGGACAUGGCUCAAGCAGGUGCAGCGAUUGGGAUCCUGAUCAACUGGAACUGCGAUCUGGACACUUUGACAUUCCAGUGCGAUCCCAAAUACAGCUUCAUCCGUCUGGACUUGAACACCACCGUCAACUCUACCACUACCUUCAAUUUCAGAUAUGCCCGCUAUUACAAGAAUGCUACUGGAUAUGACUACAGGACUUUAUUUAAGGUGUAUGGGAUUCGUUUCCAUGUCAUGGUUCAUGGAAAGGCAGGGAAGUUCAGUAUCAUCCCCACCUUUGUUAACUUUGGAUCAGGAAUUGGUCUACUGGGUGCUGCAACAUAA